CUCUUUGCCUUUCACUUGUCAGAGAAGAAUGGAGAGCUUCAUACUUCUCUUUUUCUGUGUUCUUUUAAAGGAUACAGCUCGUGGCCAAACAUACAACUCCUCCUCUCUCGAGGGAGUUACUCUUCUUGAGGUUUCUGUCCUUGCUUUAGUCGUGGUCAAUGCUACACUCUGCAUUGCAACUAUAAUAGGAAUUUGCAUACUGUUCAACAAAGUUAGUCAGAUCAGGAUGAAGUUUGCAAAGAAUGAAACUGUCACUGACCAUCACAUCACGCAAAAUGCGUCUAAGCCUUUUCAGGAGAACAAUGAGAUGAACAAAGAGAGCCCAGAUCACACCAAUCAGACACCAACACGGCCUUCGUCCAUCAAACUCCCAAACACAGAGAAGCAGGAAUCAAGCCAGCUGUCAGAGCACUAUUCCGGCAUGCAGGGCUCGAAUCCUAGCCUGUUUCGACAACUAUCCCCUCCUGACUAUGCAUACACCAUGUCCAGAAGGGCUAAAGAAGGCAACGUAUCCCAGGGCCUGCCCAAGGAGGACAUGUCCACCAUCGACUUGACCACAGAUGAUGACCCAAACUCCCCGUACAUGCACAUGAGGUCCUGUGGGAUCGACAGUCUUAUCCGAGGCAUGGCUGACGAGGACAUCUACGAUAUUCCACGAUACUCCUCUGCCAGCUGCAUCUGCUUUACCCGAGUAGACCAAGCAUCUCUGAAAAGAGCCAAGCAGUCUAGGUACCGCUCUGACCCCAACAACUACCCUUUGUCUUCUGUUCUCAGCAGCAUGCAAAUGAGUAAUGGUGACUCGCUUGGUGCUUGCUCUCCAGACAGCUCCAGAGACUCUGGGCAGGGGACUAUCAGUAGCUCGCAGAGUCUCAAGUUUGAGAUGAGUGACCCAGGGUCAACAGGUAGAACAGAGAAGCUCUCCAACUCUAUGGUUACCAAACCAGCAUGUCCUCAGAAGCGAAAUGCAAACUCAUCUAUUCGGAACCAGAAACAGCCACCAAUUGCAAUCUAGUUUGAAAACCAAAAAUCCUAUUAACAGAUUAACCACACAACUAUCCUUUAUAAAUAUUACAAUUUUCACAACAUCUGAUAUCUUAUACUCUGAUAUCGGUUAGCACUGUUGCCUUCUACCUUUGGGGUUACGGUUCAAGUCUCUUUCAGGGUUCCAUGUGUGUCUCUGGAUUCCCAAUGACCCUGAAUAGAGCAAGCAGUUACAGAAAAUGGAUGGGUGACCCACAGGAUAUUAUUUAUACUUUUAUUAUUUCAGACAAAAGGUUUUAAAAUAGUUUGCCAGUUUAUUUUUACAUCGAUCAUGUAAAAUUUGUAAAUGUCCUGGAAUCUUUGUAAAUUAAAAUUUAUUGUGGGGGGCUGUAUCUUUGAUUGUGUUAUGCUACUGAAUAAUCUGUAUGUAAAGGUUUUAAGUGAGAACAGAAACUACCAGGAACGCAUGAUUUGUAAUGAUUAGUAUUGAUGAAAUUGGAUAACUGUUAGUGUGUUAUUUAUCUUUCUUGCAUGAACUAAUUCUGUUUGUUAGUUAACGGUCAUCUCUGGCUUUAGGAAGUCGCUUCUGCCCUUUACCUGGCUGGUUCCAGCAGAAACAUGAAAAAACAGGAUUUGAAAAUGCAUUUGUGAAUCAAAA